UCUUCUCAUUCCUUACUCAAAAACGUAAACAAAGUAACACCGAAUUGCUUACCUAGGAAUGUGCUGCUCGCGAAUUUUAAUUUAAUUUGACAUUUUCACACAAAAGUUUGUGUCACCGUAUGGCAAUGGAGCGAGCUACAAUCGAGAUCCUUCAAGACGUUGGGUACCAGGGACCCAUGAUCGAUGAAAGUCGGCUGUUAAAAGCGAUUGAAGUGGGCCCAGCUUCUGCAGAUUUCACCGAAUUAGUAGCUUGGCUCAGUCAAGAGCUGAAAUCACUGUGUUCUCUUGACGAGCAUGUAAGCCCUAUUACAAAUCCAGAGGAUGCUGAGCAUUUUUUGAUGGAAACCAGUGGAUUUCUCAAAGAACUAGGAUGCCCAUACAGCGAUCUUGUUGAAGGUCCUAUCAUAGAGCGUUUAAAGACAAAAGCAUCUAGGAACGCCCUUCUCACGUACUUGCUGUCAGAGCUGCAAGCUGCCAAGAUGAUAGAGGCAAAUACUCCUGAACGAAAUAGACCAGCAACUCAACCUGUGAUGACAUCGCCUCACGAGGAUCUGAAGAAACUGAUGCUUGCGCUACGAUUUUCUAAGCCUCCUGAAAACAUCUCCACAGCUGUACUUUUCACCAAUGUGGAAAAAAGACUUGCUGAGACUCUGCAGAAAUCUCACCCAGACUUAGUCGGAAAAGCGAUUUUUGACAAGACUUUGAGCGCGGACCAAUGGAAAGCCAUUGCAAAUGAACAGAAGAAAAUGCACAACGAAUUUCGAAUUCGCCGAGAACUGUUGCUCACUAGGCUCCAUGUGACUGCGCACUCUUUUCAAUGGCCAGAGAAAUUGAAAAACAAGUUGGACGACAUGACUAAGGCUUUUCAAGAAAGGCAGCGCACUUUAACCAAAGAACCUGCUGUAGACAUUUCUGAUCUGCUAGCUGCAAGGCUUGAUAUCUUAGUGCUGGAAAAAACAAGCAACUCUUCAGUUAGGAAAAACACAAAGUCUGCUUUAAACAAUGUAGUGAUCAAAAAGGUUCCAGACAGAGGUGGCAGACCAUCUGAACAAGCUGCACCGCCUAAAGAGAUGCCUAGUUGGCAAAAUAAGAGAAUUGCAGACGCACCGAGAGGUGGGGGUGGUCAUGGUGGCGGAGGAUAUAACAACCAAAGAGUCCAAGGCAAUCAAGGAGGAUAUAGAGGAGGCGGUGGCGGCAGCCAAGAUAGUGGUGGUUACAGCCAGCAUGAUGAUCGUGAUCGCCAAACCUACAAGGGCGGCAGUGGUGGCAGAGUGCAAGGGGGAUGGAGCCAGAAGGGCAGCGACACCGACAGAGCGUUCAACAACAGAGGUAGAGGACGUGGCUUCAGAGGAGGAAAUCGAGGGGGCUUCAGAGGAGGCAGGGAACAGUACCAAUAGGCGUUGAAGUCCUGAACCUCUCGAACUGUGCAGCGAGGAUUUCACACCGCUGCCUCAACCAGUUGCAUUCGUCGCGGAGAUUGCUCUUUUCUAGCCUAUUAUUUUAUUUAGGAUGUAAGAACGGGUUCAAAAUGAUUUGGGAUAAAUUGGUUGUACACCUCCACCUCCUAAUAAUUCACACAAAUAAUGUAACGGAAGAUAGAAAUGCACCGCAAGUAUACAGUGAAAUAAAAGAUGAUACGUGUGAUAAGAGAAGCUAUAACUAAACUGAUUGAGGCUUCACUUAUUGUUAUUAAUAGGUUCGCCAGAGACUGUAGUGAAACUUUUUACAUUAUGAAAUGGAAACAAAAAGAAAUUGUAUUUUGUCUUGUUUUUAUUUUGUUUGAUCAACAGAGAGUGAGUGUAUAUUUAAUGCAGAGCAAAAGAGACACACACAUAUGAACUGCGUGCAUGCAAAAGUAUAGAAAUAUAGAGCAAUUAAAA